GACGAAAAUCAUGCCGCAGGAAACGAAUGCAUGUCAAGCAGAAGCUUGCAAGCUUCAAACCUGCUUAAACAAAUACACCUACCAGCCAGACAAAUGCAACGACAACCUCAAGCAGCUAUACAAGUGCUGUCAGAAGUUCUACGAGGAGACUGGCGAAAAGGGCGAAUCCACCGCCUGUCCAAUACCGAGCGUGGUCAAGCGGUGGCUCAAGGAUCAUGAAAAGUAGUGCGCCGCUCGUGGACUUGUGGAAAUGCUAUUACGGCG